GUAGCAUUCAUUCGUCUCGCGCCUACCAAUCUCUUAUUGUUCGUUUACAUAUAUCAUAUGAGACUAACUGUCAGUCUGGGAGCCAGUACUGAUUGCUAGCUGGGUAAGAGCAAACGCCUACCUCGCCACUUCGCCCGCCCAUUCACCGCUCAUCGCUUCGAUGGUGCAAGUCCCUUCACUCGACUCAAUCUGUGCUUCCUCUUCUUCCUUCGUACAGGUCAAAAGCCACGUCCAAGUCAAGAACAUCAUCAUCAAACACUCAAUCAACCACUUCGACCGGCUAGUUCAAUGUGGACACUGGACUACGACAUCUAUGCCAAUCCACGCAAUCUGUCGGUCUAGAUGAUCAUGUAGCCACCACGGCUCCAGAAGAAGCGCUCAGUAUGCUGCAAUCCAGCGCAGACUCCGAGAAGCUCGCCAUGUACGUUCUUAUGGAAACACAAUAGCCCUCGGCCCACUGAGUAUGUGAAUGCGAUAUGCUAAAUCCUCACAGCGCUCAAGCCAACACGCAAAACUCACGUGUCCUCCGUCUGCCAGCUGAAAUUCGUAAUCACAUCUACAACUUGGUUCUCAGCGCCCACCGCGACUUCCACACCCACGAAGUCGUACGCCGAGAGUACUUCCCGCGACGCGGCGGACGUAAAACUGCUACACAAAAGCUUGCUUUGUUGCAAGUCUGUCGUCAACUCUACACCGAAACUCACCUCAUCGCCCUCAAAUCCACACCCUUCGCUUUCAGCUCCUUCCCCAACUUCUCCAAGUACCUCGCCCAGACACUGCUCCCUCGACAAAUCAGCGCUAUAGCCGUGCUCAAGUGCCCGUACCGAGAGAUUUACUUCCCUGGCUUUGGCGUAAACUCCGCUUUCAUCGGUCUCGUUCGUGACAGUCUGCGUGGGCUGAAGGUGUUGGUUUUGUUCGGGGUCAGAAGUGCUGCUGUUGGGGAUGAGGGCAUGAGGAAGAUGGAGGAGAGGAUUGCAAGGGACAUCAAGGAGGAGUGUGGUGGGUUGGAGGUAAAGGUUGAGCUGACGAGGAUGGGGUUGGAGCACCGGGGAAAGUUUGCUGCGACCCAUAGUCGGGAUGGGUUCAGCUUAGGGGCAGAGUGAUGGGUGUCUUUGCCACUUCAUGACUCUUUGCUGCGGGGAGAUCAAAAGCUGUGUACGAUUAGACGUAGGCAGUAUUGCGUGCAUUCAAUCACCACUCAACAGCUGCAAAGACAAGAGUUUCCUUUCCACCAGUUUUAUUUAUCUAUCUAUCCUACACUAUCUGAUGAUCUCUACCGCAGCCUUAAGACUCCG